CGCCACACACAAACCUCUCACUUUUCUGAGAAAUAGCUAGACCUCACAGAGGCAAAAAUGGAGGGUGAAACUGAAGCAAGAAGAUCAGCUCACUGUGUGGUGUUGGCAUAUCCAGCUCAAGGUCACAUAAACCCUAUGCUCGAGUUCUCCAAGCGUCUUCAAGAUGGAGGAAUCAGUGCAACCCUCGUCUCUACUCGCUUCUUCUGCAACAAGUUACACAAGCUUCCCGGUUCCAAUAUAGCUGUCGAGACUAUCUCCGAUGGGUUCGACGACGGUGGGAUUAAUGAAGCAGUGAGGCGGAAGGUCAACUAUUACGAUCGGCUUCGGGAAGUAGGGACACAGACUCUGAUUGAGCUCAUUGAGAAGCUUAAUGAAACAGGGAAGCCUGUUGACUGUAUCGUUUAUGAUUCAUUCUUGACUUGGGCUCUUGAAGUUUCGAGGAAAUUAGGAUUACUUGGGGUGAGUUUUCUGACUCAGAACAUUUGUGUGGAUAGUAUAUAUUACCAUGUAAACAUGGGAAAGCUAAAACUUCCACUGGUAAAAGAUGAAAAUAUUUCUCUUCCUGGGUUGACAUGUUUUGAGCCUUGGGAUAUGCCAAGUUUCUUGUAUGAAUAUGAACCAGGAAGUGCUGUGCUUGAUUUGGUGGUGGGUCAGUUUUCAAACAUUGAAGAAGCUGAUUGGAUUCUCUGCAAUUCAUUCUACGAGCUGGAAAUUGAGGUGGCAGAUUGUAUGAGAAAGAUUUGGCCAAAGUUGAGGACAGUUGGACCAACCAUACCCUACAAGUUCUUGACCAAUAAUACUAAUAACAAAAAAGUUGAAGAUGAAGAAGAUUACGGAUUUGCCAUAUUCAAGAGUGAAGAAUGCACAAAAUGGUUAGAUAAUCAGCCAAAACAAACAGUUGUUUUUGUGUCACUAGGGACUAUGGUAUCAAUCAACGAAGAACAAAUGGAAGAACUGGCUUGGGGUCUAACAGAUAGUGAAGUCGCCUUUUUGUGGGUAGUGAGAGAAUCUGAAGAAUCUAAAAUUCCCUCAAACUUUCCGAGAAGAACACAGAAAAGUUUGGUGGUCCCAUGGUGCCACCAACUCAAAGUCCUAUCACAUGAGGCUAUAGGAUGCUUUGUAACACAUUGUGGUUGGAAUUCAACGUUGGAGGCUUUGAGUUUAGGAGUCCCAAUGGUGCUUAUGCCUCUUUGGAGUGAUCAAAGGACCAAUGCAAAGAUUAUCAAGGAUGUUUGGAAGGUAGGCGUGAGAGUUCAAUUUGAUGAGAAAGGGAUUGUGAGAAGACAAGCAUUGAAGAAAAGUAUAAGGGAAAUCAUGAAAGAAGAAGGAAGAAGUGAAGUGAAAAAUAAUGCCAUCAAAUGGAAGAAUUUGGCUACGAAAGCUGUUAACAAUGGUGGAAGUUCUUGGAACAACAUUGAGGAAUUUAAGGAUAGCUUGAUCCCUUUUAAAAAUUAACUGAUUAACCCUAGGCUUCUAGGGUACAUAUGGAUCUGAUGAGAUAUCAGAUUAAUUAGAUUUAUGAUUAUUUUUAUUUUGUUAGAAUAAUCUGUUAUAUAUAUAUAUAUAUAUUUAUAUUUUAAUUUGGCUUGAAUAAAUGCAAUAUUUUAUAUUACUAGGUUAUUUUUUUAGAUUAUUUUAGGAUAUUUGCAUUUAUUGGUAUAAUUCAGAAUAUUUACAUUUUAAUUUUAAAUUUUUUAGAAUAUUAUCACAUAUAUUUAAUUUCUAGCUAGGUUAG